AUGAUGAACUCCGAAGCAAACCAUAUUCUCAUAACGGGUGCGGCAGGCUUUAUAGGCCAGGAGCUGACAGCUGCCCUCCUCCUCUCCUCACCCACGAUUCACCUCACAUUGACCGACAUAACCACCCCCGCCAUCCCUCCGGCCUCACUUAUUCCAGAUGCGGCAUCGCGUAUAACCGCGCUCCAAACAGACCUUACAUCGCCCGAUGCCGUCGCAGCACUCCUAGGACACCAUUCCCGCUUCAAUGCAAUCUACCUACUUCAUGGCAUCAUGUCCGGUGGCGCCGAGGCAGACCUUGAUCUCGGUCUGCGUGUGAACCUCGACAGCCAUAGACUUAUUCUUGACGCGCUCCGCCAGCCUACGUCGCUUCACCGGGGCACUGUCGUAGUGUUCCCUAGUAGCCUGGCGGUCUACGGCCCGGUUGAAGGGCAGGUUGUCACUGAGACGACGUGCCCCACACCACAGUCUUCGUAUGGCACACAGAAGCUCAUGAUUGAAACCUUGCUGGGAGAUUACUCGCGCCGCGGACUGCUUGAUGGCAGGAUCGUGAGGUUACCCACAAUCAUCGUCCGUCCCGGAGCGCCGAGCGCGGCUGCAUCGUCGUUUGCAUCCGGGAUUGUGAGGGAGUCGCUGAAGGGCGAGGAAAAUAUCCUGCCCGUGCGGCCGGAGCUGGCCAUGUGGGUUUGCUCGCCUAGAACGGUCGUGGCCAACUUGGUUGCUAUCAAGGAUACCCCUCGCGACAGUUUUGGGCUCUCGAGAGUUGUCAAUCUGCCUGGCAUCACGGUGACUGUAGCGGAUAUAUUAAACGCACUAGAGGUUGUCGGAGGUAUGGAGGCUAGGGCAAGGGUGAAUGAGGAGAGGAACCCGCAGAUUGAGGCGAUUGUGGAGAGCUGGCCUGCGUUUUUCGACGUGUCCAAAGCGCUUAAGCUUGGGCUGGCCCAAGACGGAGACAUAGUGACCACUGUCAAGGACUUUGCAGAACGACUACGUUCUGGUUUGUAG